UCACCCCUCAGUUUGCCCAAACCACCAGCCAGACCACACUCUCCGCACCCAAUUCGGAGCUCCAGUUUGCUUGCGAUCUCUCAUGGCGACGGCGGCGGCGACCACGAGGAGGCCCAGCGGGCCGGUUCUCUCAGCCGCGCACUACCGCUCCGCCUCGCCUACGCGUGUCAAGCUCGCCGGCACUGGCACCCGGUCACCGGCCGGCCAGUCUGUCAGCGUUUCGACUUCAUCCUCUUCGUCUGCCGGCGGCGCACGGAGCCGGAGGACCUGCAUGUGCUCGCCGACGAACCACCCGGGCUCGUUCCGCUGCAGCCUCCACAAGGAACGCAAGGCGCCCCACGGCGGACACGGACGCAAGCCGACCUCCCCGCCGUCCCCGGGCAGCUCGAGCCCGACGAGCAGCCGGCUGGGCGCGAGCGCGAGCCGGCUGAUGGGCAGCGCGCUGGUGCGGAUCGGCGCCGUGGAGGGCGGCGAGUGGGCGCGCCGGGCGCUCGCGGCGACGGUGCGCCCCUCGCCCGCCGCGCAGCAGUCGCAGCACCGGAGGCGCGUGGGCGGGUUCCGGCCGCGCCCGACCCGGCUCUCCGCCGUGUCCAUGGCCGGCGACCGCGCCGGCGACAACGACCAAUAGACGCGCCGACAUGUCAUAGCCAUAGUAGACAUGGUACCAGUAUAGCACUAGUAAAUAGGAAUCUUCUGUAUAACAUUUCCUUUUUGCUGCAACGCUGAGAAACCAGUGGAACUUGGAGAGCCAGUGGAUUAGGAGUUUUGGAUCCUGAUCCAUUAGAUCUUUCUUGUGUACAUAGAACUCUUGCCUCAGCGAGCUGAUGAGCUGAAGGAGGCCGUUGGUUUGGAUGGAUAAACAUGACUGAGGAUUGGAGACAUCUGAAUUUGCCCCAA